AUGUACGACGGAAAGACAGUUUGGUAUCCUGAGAACAUCGAUGAAAAGCGCCAAUAUUGCACAACAUCAUACAGACACGAUGUCGCUCAUUGGGGCGGCAGAACUUUCCAAAUGAAUGAAUCAGAAACAGUUAAUGUCGACGUUAAUAAAGUUGCAACACAAAAGCGAUCAAUCAUGAGACAAGUUCAAGAUCUCAACGAAUUUGGGUCUACAGUAACACCAGAAUCUACACAAAGAGCCCAUUAUGUUGCUCAUAUGCCAACAACCCGUGGAUUAAAUGAGCCACAAUUCAAUGGUCGGGUCCCUCCAGAAAUGCCACUUCCAGAAGCUCCAGAUCCAAAGUUCUUUACAGCUGCAACAGAAUAUCGUGACAAAUAUCGCGGCAAACCAGGUAAGCCAAUGCUCAACAAUGAUACGUUAGACUUUUGUGCAUCAACAAGAGUUAUGACUCGUGGAAUAGAAGAUCCAGAACAGCCUCCAUUGUGGGAAACAACAUAUCGUAAGGAUUAUUGCAAUAAGGUUGGUAAUCUCGAAACGUCUCCAGCUAUUACAUCCCAUACAUUAGGUAACCCAAGAUAA